AUGGCUCAAGACAAACAGAAGUCCCGCAAGGAGGCCCGAAAGGUGAAUCAGCCGGAUCACGCCUCGGUCCCCUCCCAACCCAGCCAGGGUGAGAACGUAGAGACGCCCAUCGCCAACAAAAAGGACACCAGCGGCUUGGGAAAUAACAAUCUCGUUUCACCUGGAUCCUCCCAUCAGCAUCGCGCCAUUACGGCGCAGGCUUCCCAGUAUCUGGUAUCGCCAGGUGCAAGGUACUCCAAUGUUUCCCAUCUAAGCCCUGUCAACAACUUGAACACAGGCACUCAGCACGUAUUCAGUCUUCCCCAUAACAACCGACACCCCUUGCCCGAUCCUUUGAGUGACCACAACGUCCAUUCUCUUAUUGCCGGAGCCCCUCAUCGGCAUCACCAUGGACAGCAAAAUCAUCAACAGCAAAACCAUCAAGAGCAAAACUAUCAAGAGCAAAACCAACACCCCAUCGCCAUCCCUCUCGAUGGCUACACCUUUCAUCCCAGUGUCGCGGGAAUCUCCCAUCACAGAGACCACGACCAGGUCUCUCUUCCUAACCGUUAUGGUUCUAACACUGUUCCUGAUGUUGUGGGAGCCCUUUACCAUCAGCAGCCUGGUCAAUCUGCUGUCCAUCAGCCAACCAAUGCAUCGCCGAGUGCUAACUAUGGAAACCACCCCAUGGCUUCGGAAUUCAGUCAUUUGAACCAACAAACCGCGAACAACUUUCAGGGAGUUGCAGUUCAACACUACGCGUAUGCUGAAGAGCUUCAGUACAUGGGCAGUGUUCAAGCCCUCCCGGUUUCUCAAGGUCCGAACUAUUUCCCAGGGGUCCCAGUCCAGCAGUAUCAAAAUCUUCAGCCUCCCCAGCCCAUGGGCAUCCUGCAAGGCAAUGCGGCUGCUCAGCCGAACAACUUCCCGUCUGCAUAUCCCAACAAUGUUUCGGCUGCUCAUUCAAAUGGUUUCCAGUUCAUCCCAGCUCAACAUCAUCAACUGUCUCGGCAGCCACAACCCGGUAUGAACAUGGCGCAAGGCGUUCCAGCUGCUCAUCUGAACAACAUCCCAGCUGCUCAUCCGAACAGCUUUCCAGCUGCUUAUCACACCAACGUUGCAGCUGCUCAUCAGACUGGUUUCCAACUCGUCCCACCCGAACAGCAUCACAUGCAACUUCCGCAGCAGCCCCAGCCCAUGGCCAUGGGGCAAGGCACUCCAGCUGCUCAUGCGAACAACUUUCAAGUUGUUUAUCCCAAUCACCUUCCGGCUGCCCAUCCGACGGGAAUCCAAGGCGCCCCAGCUCAACAGCAACAAAUUCAUGUUCCUCAGCAACCCCAGCCCAUGGACAUGGUGCAGCCCAUCCCGGCCGCUGAUCCUCUAGACCUUGGUAUCCCCCAAGAUCAGCUUAAUCCCAUCACCCCUGGACCGCCUCACCCGCAGGCCAACCACCCCGCCGUACUCGCUUUGGAGUAUAUAGAUCCGGACCAAGAUAUCAAUGAAAUUAUCGAUGCUGCAGCUAGUGUACUCCACGCGGACCACAGGCAGUGCCAGCACAAGUGGGUAGAGGAUGAUGUGGAACAUCAGUGCACGGGCCAUGCUUAG